AACAUUAAAAAAAGAAAAAAAAAGGUAAAAGAAACAGAAUCUCCUUGUUUCUCGAGCACUCAUAAAACUCUUCUCUCUACUUAGCUUUACGCCAUCAACGAGAACCACAGAAACAACAGUAUUCUUCUUUCCCGGAGAUUUUAGCUCCGUCUUCAGUAACGCUAUCCAAUAUUCCCGGCGACGGAAUCUCUCUCUCCUAAUAGAUAACUAUGCUCCCAGUCUCAAACCCAACCAGUCCUGAACGUCUCCUCAAGAAAUCGAGAUCACCAGACAAAACCACCACCACCGACACUGAUCACAAAACCUCGUCAGUCAACCGCUCUGCCUACGUAGCCGCCUCCCGUAGCCACUGCACGUGGCUCAUCAUCUCUCUCCUCUGCCUCCAGCUCCUCCUCUUCCUCACUCUCCGCUCCAUCGCCUUCCCCAGCCGUCGCUCUCCCGAAACCUUCCCUUCCCCCGCCGCCGUCUCCUCCAUCGAGUCCCUCUUCGCCUCCAACGACGAGCCUCUCCUCACCUCCGACGACAAGCCGUCUCAAACCCGACCCGAAUCAAACGACUCCGGAAGAUGCGAGACGGGUCGGGUUUUCGUCUACGACAUGCCGAAGAUCUUCAACGAGGUGAUCCUCCAGGAGUGCGACAACCUCAACCCGUGGAGCUCCCGCUGCGACGCCCUCUCCAACGACGGCUUCGGCAAAGAAGCCACGUCCCUGACAGGCGUGAUCCCCGACGAUCUCGUCCCUUCCUGGUUCUGGACCGACCAGUUCGUCUCCGAGAUCAUCUUCCACAACCGGAUCCUCAACCACCGUUGCCGCACCCGCGAUCCGGAGUCCGCCACGGCCUUCUACAUCCCCUUCUACGCCGGACUCGCCGUCGGCCAGUACCUAUGGUCUAACUACGCCGCGGCUGAUCGCGACCGUCAUUGCAAGAUGAUGACCGAGUGGGUCAGGGAGCAGCCUUAUUGGAACAGAUCCAACGGCUGGGAUCAUUUCCUUACCAUGGGCCGCAUCACAUGGGAUUUUCGCAGGACCAAAGACGAGGAUUGGGGAUCUAACUGCAUCUACAUCCCCGGGAUGCGUAACAUCACGCGCCUCCUCAUCGAGCGUAACUCGUGGGACCAUUUCGACGUCGGUGUGCCUUACCCCACCGGGUUCCACCCCCGAUCCGACUCCGACGUCGCGAAGUGGCAGGGUUUCGUGCGGAAUCGCCGCCGCGAGACGCUCUUCUGUUUCGCCGGAGCGCCACGCGCCGGGAUUCGGAACGAUUUUAGAGGAUUGCUUUUGGAUCACUGCAAGGAGUCGGGAGGAGCUUGCCGGGCGGUGGAUUGCACCGCGGGGAAAUGCGCGAACGGCUCGUCGGCGAUCUUGGAGACGUUUCUCGGCUCCGAUUUCUGCCUUCAGCCGCGAGGGGAUAGCUUCACGCGCCGGUCGAUUUUCGAUUGCAUGUUGGCCGGUUCGAUUCCGGUUUUCUUUUGGCGUAGAACCGCUUACAUGCAGUAUCAGUGGUUUUUACCGAAAGAACCGGGUAGUUACUCGGUUUACAUAGACCGGAACGAGGUGAAAAACGGGACGUCUAUAAAGGAUGUGUUGGAACGGUUCAGCAAAGAGGAUGUGAGGAGAAUGCGGGAGAGAGUGAUCGAUUUGAUACCCAACUUGGUGUACGCAAAGUCUCCGAAUGGAUUAGAGACUUACAAAGACGCAUUUGAUGUGGCCUUAGAUGGAGUUUUUAGGAGAUUCAAGGAGCAAGAGAAUUGGUACAAAUGGAGAUGAUGAGGAGGAGGAGGGAGAUGGUUCGAUAAAUGAUUAUUUAUUUAUUAAUAAGGGUUUUGGAAAAUUUAGCUCCAGUAAAGUUUUAUGAUUACACUGUAAAUUUAUGAUUUUUAUUUUUUGAGAGAUGAAUAAGUUGGUUAGUUGAGUUUUGUUAUUUACACUUGAUGGGGAUAGUCAAGGAAGUUGUGCUAUGUGUGGAGUUCUCAUUUUAUAUUAUUCUCUUUUGGAGAUAACGAGUAUAAUGGCUUUACGUGUUA